GUCUAUCUACGCGCGAUACGCACGAUUUGUCGGCAGAUGGGCCCACUAUUGCAGGGUGGUUUGUUUGCACGUAAAUGGUGCAUCAUCCGCGACUCACUCACUCGUCAAAGAAAGAGGCAAAACCCAGUCCAGCAAAGCCUACUUUUACAAGCGUGGCCUAGUAACCUAGGUACUUGAGUACUUGAGUAGUCUGGGCUUGCUUGACUGCGGUCCCGGCCGUCCUCCCGCGAGUCGGCGCUCCGUUUCCCGCUCCCGUACUGUGCCCAUUCCGUGUCGACGGGUUUUUUCCUCUCCCACCUGCCUCCCUCUACAGUCCAGGCUAGUUAGACUGUUCCAUACCCGGCUUCUCAUUACGUGUACAGCUCACAGGGAGUGCGGCGUGGAGCAUCGCUGCCCACCUCGCUUGGUCAAUCAUCACCCAGUCGCCGUCCAGGGAUAUUGCGCGACCUAAGCGCGGCACACCACCCCCGACGUUGAUGCACUGCGGCAAUAAUAAGCCCCUUCUUGGUCUCCUUCGCUAGAGACACACGUCCUAUACCUCAACCUGUUGAUCUCUCUCGUCAGUCUCAUGCCCGUUGCCCGUUGUGAUCCAGUCCGGCGUGUUCUGACCCCGCCAACAGCCCGAAAAACUUCACCGGAUCAUGCAGUAAAGUCGCUCGGGCCAAAUUCGGAUAUCAUCGGUAUCCAAGACGCCUGAAGCGCCCCGACAGAGUGCACUUGCCGCCUCGCCCAUCACCAACGGUCGAAUCUUGCGGCCAGUAACCACUCACUCAUAAUGGGGUUACUAGCCCUCGGCACGCCUCUGGAUUGGCCAGAAGCUAAGCAACAUGCCGAUCAAGUCCGUGAAUGGGGAAUCAAGCAACUCCUGGAGAUAUGGAACAAGGCCAAGGGGAAAGAGUCAGAUGCUUUGCUUUGGGGUGACGAGGUUGAAUAUCUCGUAGUGACACAUUCGAAGGACGACCCUCGCGUCCUGCUAUCCCUCAGGCAGGCAGAUAUCCUUGAGGCCUUGGCAUCGGACACCAACCUCGCCGCCAAGGGUGGUUGCGUGCCAGCUCUUCAAGAUGUAGCCGGAGCAAGUGCCAAUGAACCCCUUCCUGUGUUCCACCCUGAAUUUGGAAGAUUUAUGCUGGAAGCAACUCCUGGCAAGCCGUGGGGCAUUGAAUUCAGAGAACUCCUGAAGGUGGAACCAGACAUGAUCCUCAGGCGAGCCAUCGCAAAGGACCACAUGAAGCCAGAAGAGUUUCCCAUAACUCUGACGACUUUCCCCAGGAUAGGGAGCCCCGGCGUCUUUACUGACCCACACUACCCGGUCUCUGGGCCUAAGCUGCGCUCACAGUUCGUGCCUGACGAAAUCGCGAACCCUCACAUCCGUUUCCCAACCCUAGCUGCAAACAUUCGCUGGCGGCGAGGCAGGAAGGUCCAGGUCAAUGUUCCAGUCUUCAAAGACAAGAACACACCCUGGCCGUGGAAGGAUCCCACAGUGAACUACGAUCUUCAUCACUGGCCAGAAGACGAUGAUGUGAGGAACGGAGCCGCUCCCGAUAAUUUUAUCCACAUGGACGCCAUGGCUUUUGGCAUGGGUAGCUGUUGCUUGCAGAUCACCUUCCAGGCCAAGAACAUCACCGAGGGCAGGAAAAUGUACGACCAGCUCAGUCCACUUGGGCCCAUCCUACUCGCCUUGACGGCGGCUACGCCUAUUUACAAGGGCUUCCUGGCAGACACAGACGUGCGGUGGAACCAGAUCAGCCGAGCGGUCGACGACCGAACCCCUGAAGAACUAGGAGAGAAGCCUCUACAAAACGACCGUUGGCGAAUUCCCAAGUCCCGCUAUGCCUCAAAUUCCACCUAUAUAUCCACCGACUCGCGUCUCCGGCCCGAAUACUUUGACCCUGACCUCGUCAUCGACGAGUCCAUCAAGAAGAAGCUCCUCGACGGCGGUAUGGACGACCGGCUAGCAACGCACUUUGCACACCUCUUCAUCCGUGACCCCAUCGUCAUCUUCAAGGAGGACCUCGAGACCCUAGACAUGAGCAAGACGGACCACUUUGAGAACAUCCAGUCGACCAACUGGCAGCAUAUGCGCUUCAAACCUCCACCGGCCGACAACAAUAUCGGAUGGCGCGUCGAGUUCCGGCCCAUGGAGAUCCAGAUCACCGACUUUGAGAACGCCGCCUUCGCCGUCUUCAUCGUGCUAAUCACCCGCGCCAUUUUGUCCUUCGACCUCAACUUCUACAUCCCCAUCGCCAAGGUUGAUGAGAACAUGGAGACGGCUCACCGCCGCGACGCUACCCUCAAUGAGAAGUUCUACUUCCGCAAGAACCCCUUUACGACCCGCUCCCCGCGGGCCAGCGGCGCAAACACGCCCAAUGGGGGCAUCAGCAGGCCUCCUACGCCGCUGGGUCCAGUCGAGGACGAGUAUCGACUCAUGAGCGUCAAUGAGAUCAUCAACGGCACCGCCGCCGCCGCGGGAGACCACGACCGGGUCGCCGCGGGCGACGAUGCUCUAGACGACGGCGAGAGCUUCCCGGGGCUGAUCCCCCUCGUCGAGAGCUACCUGGACAGCGUCAACGUCGACGUCGUCACGCGCUGCGAGCUGGCCACUUACCUGGACCUGAUCCGGCGGCGCGCGAGCGGCGAGCUCUGGACCGCAGCCAAAUGGAUCCGCCACCUCGUCGCUGGCCACCCGGCCUACAAGGGAGAUAGUGUCGUAUCCGAGGAGAUCAACAAGGACAUCGUCGGCGCCGUCAUAGAGAUCGGAAACCGUGAGUGUGCUGGCAAAGGUUUCGGGGACUUGAGCCACGUUCCCGGCCUGGAGAACCUCCUGGGCAACUUCCGGCGUGGCAAGAGGUGUAGCUAGGACGAACCAUGGUUUUCUUUUCCCCACAGGCAAGGUGUAUUUGAGAAGCAGCCGCGGUGCCUGUCCGACUGAUGUAGCAUUCGCAUUUGUAUUCAACACGGGCUCCUUCAGAUCGGUCAUCGGCCGAACCGGCACUGCUCCUACUCGACGGAUGUGUCUGGCUCGCGCGACCAGCGUUUUCGUUUCCUAGACGCCAUAGAAAUCACAAGAACAGUAAUAUGAAACUCAUCGACGGAUCCAGUUUUAGACUGCCGUAUGGGCGUUGGAAAUCCGAGGUGUCACAGCCAUCAGUGUAUUUCGGACUCAACUGGACCAUAACCUUCUUUCCUUGGGACAAUGCUCGUGGAGAGUCGCCGCCAGGUUUUGUGUCUCUUCGCUAUAUACUUAAACCCCAACCUCAUAUAUGAAUUUUCCAAUCGGAUACGCGGUAUUGCUUGGCGCAAUGUCCGAGACAGUAUCCCCGCUUCAGCACGACAGCCACAAUGAGCUGUCUUGAGGCCAGACUGAUACACGACACCCGAAAACUGGUUCCCUUACACCAGGUACAGAUAGUGUCUACCGGUUACCGUCCAUGGAUAGAAGCCAUCAUACCUUGCUUUUCGUGCCUAGUCCGCAAGAAAUGCUACGGAGCUCUCCUGUGAGUCAGGUGUUGCUGGCUAAGCAAACCCACCAAAUGAAGCAGUAUUAUCCCACCACAGCCCUUAAAGCUGCCAAUUAAUCGCUCUUCGAGGUCGAAAUGUAAGCCCCACACAACGUCCUCAACAAGCACGUAAGUAUCCUGUCACAAGACUGCUGCUUAGGCACAAGCAUUGACAGAGAGCCUACAAGGCAACCGGAGAAGCCUGAACGACACGGGCUCGGGCGGCAGCACAGCACGACGGCCACCAGGGAGGUGCGGACUUCAGACUCUCCAAUAUGAUUCCCCGGGUACGCCAUCCGCGUCCCCCUGGUUUACCGUGCGAGGAUUACUGCCCUCAGGGGGUGUAUACCUCCUCGACGACAGGCUCCACAGUCUGUUCGCACAAUUGCACACACAUGCCCAAAAGCUAAGCAGUCGAGCCGAGGCAGAUCUGCUGGCCGGGGUAUUGGUGUUGGGGGGUUGAGCAAGUGUGUGAGCACUAAACAGGGGGAGGUUCGUCCUUGAGUGCGUGAAGAAGUAGUGUCGACACAUCGCAAGGAAAAAGGAAGGGAAAGCACAAGGUACAUUCGAAACCCCAUCAAAGUCCCUGUCUCCCAUCCCAGCGAAGGGAAAGUCCGUGUGGGGCCCUCUCAUCAUCCUGUUCUGGCGCGCCUCGCCUGUUAUGCCUUUCGACGUGAACGUCAUACUGGUCUGCCACUCGUAGAAUUGCCUCCAACGCACGUGUUUCCCCCAUGAGGCAGGUCGGCUGGGGAGGCCGAGGGCGGGCGCUCUUCAGCCAGAAGGGAAAUCUCCUAGGUCGAGCGAUGGCCUCGAACGAAUCUGACCCAGCACCUCGGUAUGCUCGGAUGCAGGUUGUACAGGUACCAAAGGUACCAACCGCGGACCAUUCUUUUUUGAGAGGCGCACAUCGCUGCAUCUAUUCGACGCGACGCUACCUCUAGGGGGGAGACCCUCCAGGUCGGGCAGGCUGCAGUCUUCUACGGGCCGCGCACGUGCACCCCUCUGGGGGAGGGGGGAGGAGGGAGGGCUCGGUGAAGGGGAAAAGCAGACACCUCCUUAUAGGAUGGCGG